AUGGCAAAUUCAGUAAAUAUUUCUAUAGAGGCGCCAAUUGAGAAUCAAAUCCAAGAGAUCACUUACGAUGGCCAGGAGAUUUAUCAGGCGCCUCUGUCUAUGUCAGAGAACCUAGCUCGCUUAGCACAGAAAAUAGACUUUUCUAAAACUGAAGAUGAGUUCUGUAAUAUCAAAAAGGAAGGCGAGAGUAGUUCUGAUUCGAAGUCUGAGGAUGAGAACAAGGAGCCUGGGUACCAGUCCAGCUUGUGGCCGUGGGAUUCUGUCCGGAACAAACUCAGAAAUGCUUUGACUGAAGUUUCAGUAUUGGCUGAUGUACUCAGCAUUGCUAAGGAGAAGAGGUACAUGGUUUUAGACCCUGUGCAACCUGAACAAACAGAAAGCAGACCUAUGGUACAAGUCUAUGGACGGAAGAAGGCUUUAGGAGCAGCAGCAGCAGUACUCCUGGCAGGAGUAGAGCGGCUAAGAGCAAGUGAAACCAUGCGAAUGACUCGUAACAUGCCUGACUUCCACAUAGACCUCUUGAGGCUACGACAGAACUGGAGAUUGAAGAAAGUAUCAAACACUAUUGUUGGGGACCUAAGUUACCGUACUGCAGGGUCCAAGUUUAGUCAGACUGGAGUAUUUGAGGUAACUAAAGCACCAGAAGAGCAAAUAGCUCAAGCAAUGAAUGCAGCAGGACCUGUGCCGUCCGCAUUACGUGUCACAGUUCCACCUGAACUGCAAGGAGUGGCCUUCAUAUCUGUGCUCUGUCAAAAAGAACAAGAAGACGUGGUCACAGCAACGCUAAGUUCAGCAGCCAUCAACUGUCCUGGAACGCUACCCGGGGAUGGAGCAGAACUUCACUGGCAGCAGAAAUUGGAGGCAGCACAGAAUGUACUCUUCUGCAAGGAGUUGUUUGCGAGAUUAGCCGCUGAAGCAGUACAACUAGAUGCAUCUAUACCACACAUGGUUGUGGGCAAUCAAAUUAUGGCCACUGUUCUUCCAGGCAUACAGUUAUUAAUUGGACUUUGCCACAACAAUGGACAAAAUACAAACAACACCAAUCCAGAAGGAGUAAAGCCUGAAAGUGGGACAGGCAAGUCAGACCACGAUCAUGUUCUGGAGCAUUCCUUACAUCAGCUACUCCGGGCUGUGCAUCAUGCCAACACACACCAUCCUUUCCCUCAUCCAGCAACAGGCCCUCUUGGACCUUCGAAACGACGCUGUUUAGCAGGUCCAAUGGCAGCAGAUCGUUAUGAAUUGCUAGAUAUGAGUAAGGAACAAUCUCUCUUAGAACAAAUCAUUCAACAAGCACAACACUUCUUUAUGCGGAGACGUAGUGAAUAUGUACUUGAUACCAUCGCUAAAGAGGUGAAAGAUCCACUGAUCGUGUCCCACUGGAAUGCAUUGAAUAGUCCAACACAAUCAUGUGUGAAAAUCAAUAUAAUGGCUUACGGGUAUGAUGCAGUUUGCAGAACUUCACUUGUAGUACAUGUUGGGGAAAAGACUCUCAAAUGCAUUUGUCGCGAUGGGAAAGUUAGACAUUUGUCUUACGAACUUCAGGAACUUAGGGAUCUUAUUUAUUGUCAGAUAUAUCAGCAUCAGAUGACUGCAGUGCAGGCUGUGGGCAGGUGCAUGGGCUGGCAACUCUUAGCUAGUAGCUCACAUCUUGGUUCAGGACCUGUAGAACCACUAGGAAAUGCUUCUUCUUGUCUCCUUGCCUCGCCAAAUGGUGACCGGAUGUUAGCAAUCAGAUGUGAGCCAUCAGUCGGUAUCCAAGUAUACAUUGCUCAAUCUCCCAGAAAAGAUUUCUUCACAAGCGAACUUGUCCAAGAUAAAAAGUGGGAGCAUCUUGGAGGAGCUUUCAAGGAAAUUAAAUUAGAAAAAAUGGAAGGCAAAAACUUCUUGAAUAAGAUGGAACUACUAAUGGCGUGUUUAAGCAGUCCCUCAUAA